GCAUCUUCCAUUAGAGCCAAGCCAACAAAGAGAAAUACGUCUUCGGGGAUCAAACUCCCACCAUGUCCUAAUAAUCGGAUUCCGAUGCUAACCGCAAAUCCCUCGGAAAAGGUAUACGCUACAAUUUAAAUCCAUAGUCUGAUUCAUAUUAGGAAGGGAACAUUUUACAGACACAGGCUGUAAACCUGAGAUUUUUUUUUACAUUGUCAUUUUCUUGAUAUAUAUAUAUUUUUUUAGUUUAUUGUGGAUGUCAUUCUCCAACAAAGUAUAAAUUAUAAAAAAUAAAUCACAUUAAUAUGUACAUAUUACAUAUGUUCUGUAAUCUACAUUAACUGAAUUUCUAUUUGUUUAGGUGGAUUUCAUUAGAGCACCCCCAGCAGAACAAUUUGUGGAUGUUCCUUCUGGAGUGAAAUUUCCAGUGUGUCCUAAACAACCUGUCCAGUUCUGUACCACCAAGCUCUCGGAAAAGGUAUUUAAUACUAAUCCAGACUAGUAAGCAGAUAUUUUCAAGACAAUUGAAAUAGGGCUACGGAUUGAUAUGAAGGGUUGUAUAUUUAAUGCCAAGCCAUGGAAUGAUUAAUUCAAGUAAGCAUUAAAAGAUUUUAUAAAUUAGUAUCUCACAUCAAUCAUUAGUUCUAUUGUAGAUUAUUAACUCUUCUACCGUAUAACAAAAUAGCUGAAGUGGAUAAGCAUUAGUCUACUAUGUUUAACCUACUAUGUUUAACCUUUCAAACAAUCCCCAAUUAUUUCAUAUAUUGGUUGUUUUAUGCUAAUGAGUGUUCUUCAGAAUAGGUUUACAGAAUGGGUGCACAAAUGUUUUAUGUUAUAAUGUUUUUGCAGCUUUAUAAGCCAAGUCCAUCAUUUGACCUUGAGGAUCCAUAUUGUCGUUUGAUGAGGACAACCUACAAUAACCUGCAUGACCCAUACUUAAAAGAAUAUUACCAGAGUAAAGUACCCCGACAACGGAUUCGUCAGCAGGGAUUUAUCACCAGUGAUGAUAAG